AUGCGCCUCGUCGCCAUUCUACUACUUUAUCCAUGUCUUGCACAGAACCAGUGUGAUCUGAGCUACGAGGAGUCCCUGUCGCAGUGGGGGCCAGGCCUCUUACAGCAGAGCUACCAGGUCCAGGAGCGGGAAGAUAGACGACUCGAAGCUAAGACUUCUGCUUCUGCAGAGAGGCCAGUGAUAUCGGCAUCUUGGAAGCUCGUCGACCGCAGCCGCUUUGGGACCCGGAUAGUGCACUUCCCAAGCUGGGUCUACGCAGGAGUCGCCGGAUUCUUCGUCCUCGUCUUUCUUCACGAAGUGUAUGUCUCCCGUGGCGGUGUUCCAAUCUGUCAGCCGCAAAAUCCAGAAAAGUCCAUCGCAUGUCAGCUGAUGAACUUAUGGAGGAGCGCUUCGCCAUUUGUGGCCAUGUCAAUGCAAGUGCCAAUCUCCUUGGAUUUCGCUCUCUCCCUCCGUCAAUCAGCCACGGCCUCGGGGUUCUUCCUCAGCUGCGGUGUGAUCACAGGAGUCUUCGCUAUGGUUGCUGGGAAAAGACUCGUGGAUGAAGAGAACUGGGAUCAGUUUCGCGUGCGGCGGGUGCUGGUCGUUGUUCCGCUCAUCGCCGCGGUAUUCAGCUUUGCAUCCGCCAUCUUCAUUAACGAGACAGCGAGCAGCAGCCGGGUCUACAUGAUCUGGUGGGUGAUGAUCGGUUUGUCUUGCGCGGGAUCCUUUGUCGCGCCCCUGUCAAUGAUUCCGGGUAUCAUCUUCUGGACGAAGAUUACGAAGUCCAAGAACCGAACGUUUUGGAUGAUCCUGACACAGUGCGCCCGAAACCUGGGCAUGGUGGUUGGGCCCGGGCUUUUUGCGCUGCUACGCGCUUGUGUGACUGGUGGGGGCGAGCGGGUGAGUCCACGCAGCAUGAUGGGAUGGGUGAACCUGCUCCUUUUGGUUUUCUCCCUCAUCUCGGCCUCCUUCGGCGCCUUCGUGAUGCCGGCAAGGAAUUCUGACUGUGCUGCGGAGGACAAGGACGAGAACGAGGAGGAUUCGGAGGACCUGGUCAUGAUCUCUGACGCUCACCUCGAGGCCAUGGGUGAACCGGAGCGCGAGCAGGUGGUCUGGAAUAUGAUUUGGUACGCCUUCGAGCGGCCAUUCACGUUGGCAGCCGUGGAGGUGUCUACAAUCAUGAUGUUGGAGAUCUACUACGGUUGGGAUCCGUACAUCGCCGGCAUUUACUUCACUGCAGUCUGCUCCCUGGGAAUCAUCAUGUCCGUUUUCACAACGAUUUCCUUGCUAAAAGGCUGGCUGACGGAGUCCUAUGUCUUCUUGGCCUCCGCAGCGUCGUCCAUCAUGGGCUGUCUGCUCCUCCUGGAGUUUGUUCCAACUCCGGGGUGGACGUUGCUUAUCGCUGACUGCAUUAUUUACACUGGUGCGACGGUUGCCAACGGUUUUGCCGAAGGCUGGGCCAGCCGUGCAGCUAAGGAGGGCACUAGCUUCAGCAAUGCAGAGUAUCGGUUGCGACAGCUGACGGCGGUCACAGCGAGCCGGUUCAUGGGUCCCAUCAUAGGCCGAUCUCUGGUCGACUACGGGGGCCGAAACGUUUACGCCACAGUGCAGCUGGCGAUGUGCAUACUGGGAACAAGGACAGUCUACAAGACUGUGGCCCUUAUCUGGAGCUGGAACCAAGCCCACCUUGGCAAGGACUUUGAGGUGCCGCCCCCCGCGGAGAAGCUUCUCAAGGGAUCGGAAGACCCCAGCAGUUCGAUCGGAGCUGCCGCGGAACCUGGCGGUUGA